UUGUGCACAGUUGCGCAUUCGGCCGGCGUUGUGCUGCCCCGCAGCAAUGCUCGGACAAACUAAAUAAUCGACGUCAAAACCUGUCAAAUAUGGCGAGGGGCAGCGGGACGUAAUGGAGACGUAAAGAUGUGAGAGAGGAUAGGAGACGACCGGCAGCGAGCUCGUGGUAAUCGGUCGGGGUGCCCAGGCCUGCCGCGAUGAGCGGGACGAGGUGCGCGUCGUGAAGCGUCGGCACGAGGAGCGGCCGACGCGCCCGGAAUUCCCGGAAGUGGAUGCGCGGGUGCAAGCGAGCCUCUCCUCGGAGACUCCGCCGGAGUCGCGCCCGGAUUUGCCCGGAUUUCGCCGCACUGGGGGUAUGUUAAGCGGCCAACUAUGGGCGCCCAACAAACGAAGGACAGAGUGAUUCCUCCCGGCUCCGCCGUCAGACAGGCCCGGAAACAACCGAGGAACCCCAAGGAGUCGCGCCUCGUCGGCUCCAACAUCUUCACCGAGCACAGCGAGGCGCUUCUGCAAAGUAGACCUCUACCUCAUAUCCCUGCUCUACCGGAAGGAGAUCCACCGAGCGGCUCCACGGUCCAAUCUAUUUCGCAACAACCCAAUCUUCAGCAACAUGCCGGCGUGUCAACCUGUGGACUUCUCGAAGCUGCAAACAGAUGGACGAGCAAGGAGAAUCUUUUGGCGCAGGAGGAGGACGAUCCCCAGCUGUUCGUAGCGCUGUACGACUUCCAGGCAGGAGGGGAGAACCAACUCAGCCUCAAGAAGGGUGAACAGGUUCGCAUAUUAAGUUAUAAUAAGAGCGGGGAAUGGUGCGAGGCUCACUCGAGCGCCGGUCAGGUGGGCUGGGUACCGUCUAACUACGUGACUCCGGUUAAUUCUUUGGAGAAACAUUCCUGGUACCACGGGAGAAUAUCGAGGAACGCUGCCGAGUACCUAUUGAGUUCCGGUAUCAAUGGGAGUUUCCUCGUGCGAGAAUCGGAGAGCAGUCCCGGACAACGAAGUAUUUCUCUACGUUACGAAGGCCGAGUGUAUCAUUACAGGAUCAACGAGGACAGCGAAGGAAAGAUGUUCGUGACGACCGAGAGUAAAUUCAACACGUUGGCGGAAUUGGUGCAUCACCAUUCCAUGCUGGCCGACGGCCUCAUCACCCAGCUCCUCUAUCCCGCGCCUAAGCACAACAAGCCCACGGUCUUCCCUCUUAGCCCAGAACCAGACGAAUGGGAGAUCAAUAGAACUGACAUAGUGAUGAGACACAAAUUGGGCGGUGGCCAGUACGGCGACGUAUACGAGGCCGUGUGGAAGAGACACAACAUGACAGUGGCUGUGAAGACCUUGAAGGAAGAUACGAUGGCUCUGAAGGACUUUCUGGAGGAGGCGGCGAUCAUGAAAGAGAUGAAGCACAGAAAUCUGGUUCAGUUACUGGGGGUUUGUACUCGCGAGCCACCGUUUUACAUCAUCACCGAGUUCAUGAGCAAAGGAAACCUGCUGGAUUACCUGCGCAACGAGAGCAAGCAUCAGAUCAACGCCGUCGUUUUGAUGCACAUGGCAACUCAGAUAGCCAGCGGAAUGAGCUACUUGGAAAGCCGAAACUUCAUUCACAGGGAUCUGGCAGCUAGAAACUGCCUUGUCGGCGAGAAUCACCUGGUCAAAGUCGCAGACUUUGGUUUGGCUCGGCUCAUGAGGGACGAUACGUAUACCGCCCAUGCUGGUGCAAAGUUUCCGAUCAAGUGGACUGCCCCCGAGGGAUUGGCUUAUAAUAAGUUUUCCACUAAGUCCGACGUGUGGGCCUUUGGUAUCUUGCUCUGGGAGAUAGCGACCUACGGCAUGUCGCCCUAUCCCGGAGUGGACUUAACCGACGUAUAUCACAUGCUGGAAAAGGGUUAUCGUAUGGAAUGUCCACCCGGAUGUCCUCCCAAGGUAUACGAGCUCAUGCGCCAAUGUUGGCAAUGGUCGGCUCCGGAGCGACCGACCUUCAAGGAAAUCCACCACUCCUUGGAAAACAUGUUUCAAGAGUCCAGCAUCACGGAGGAGGUAGAGAAGCAACUGCAGGGUAGCGCGGAAAUUCCCCUGCUAUCGUACAAGAAGUCGCAAACCGGAAGCACGGGUAACAUACACGAACUCGUGCUCGUCUCGGACCAGUUGUCUUCGGGAUUGACUCAAGAUGGCACGAGUACGGUGAGCAAGCUCAGUACCUUUAUGGGUGGACUGACCAGCAAGAGCAACAGCAACAUCGUGCAGAUGCGCCGCUCGACGAACAAAAAGGGGAAACAAGCUCCGGCGCCGCCGAAGCGUACGAGUUUAUUGUCAUCGUGCAGUUCUUUCCGCGACUCGGCGUACCAGGAGCAAGACCAGCAAAACGUAGACGCGAACGCGAUCACCCUAGAUGACGGCACCGAUCUAAAUGGUAUCACGCGAGAUCUCGUGACAAUGGCCGCACAGUCGCAAACCGCAGGAGGUUGCGACGGGGACGACGACGGAGAGGGUUCUCAGGGCACGGCGGAGCUCGGUUUCCCGGGGCAAGGAUCGACCUCGCCGGAACCCGUGUCCACCUUACAGUGCAAUCAGAAACUUAUUAAAACCCGACCCUACCCCACGUCUAAGGAGGUACCGCCUCAGAAGUUGGUCCACGUGGGAGCGUUGGAGGUGCAAAAUGUUAAGCGGGCGAUAAACCGCUACGGGACGCUGCCGAAGGGAGCGAGGAUCGGCGCGUACCUGGAGUCGCUGCGCCAGAGCGGGAUGCCCUCCGCGCCGGAGGUCGGCCCCGGAGCUCUCCCGACGACGGCCGAGCACCGCGAGGCGGACGGUCCGCCGCAGCACCGGUCCCUGUCGCCGAGGCAGAGCAACCCGAGGGGCCAGCAGCCGCAGAUGACGCGCAGCAAUUCCUCGAGUGGGGUGGUGAGUACGUACCAGCCGCCGAGCUCCCCGAGGAGCAGGGCGCUAGCCGGCAGGAGGAACGCGCCCGAGCCCGGGCCCGCUCGCACCUUCCGGGCCCCCGGCACCUCCACCUUCCGGACGGCCAGCCCCUCGCGGUCGGUACAGCCGACCCUGGCGGACCUGGAGUUCCCGCCGCCUCCGCCGCUCGAGUUCCCCCCGCCGCCGGCCGGCGACGCCCUCGACCCGUCGGGCACCGCCUCGCCGGUGGCCGCGCGUAAGGCCCGGACCGCCGAGGAGGAGGAACGUAACCUCGACGUGAGGAACCCCGAGCCCUCGGUCAAGGAGGCCAGCUCUAGGUUCGGCGUCAACCUCCGACGCCGGGAGAAUUCGGCAGAUGCAUCCACCAACACGGGCAGGGCCGGGGAUGAGCGGAGAACCGCUUUCCGCGCCAAGGACGCCUCCCCGGAGGAGUCUCCGCCGCCGCCACCGCCCCCGCCGCCUCCGCCACCGCUGCCGCCGCCCCCGCCACCGCCGCCACCGCCGCCCCCUCCGGGCGAUACCUUCGACUCGAAGCCUGGCAUGAAGGAGAUGCUCGAGUUGAAGCUCGUUAACGAGAUCAGGCAGGGGGCCGCCCACAGGAAACUAGGCGCGGCGCCCAACGGCACCGCCGCGGCGCCCCUCGACCCGGCCUCUCGGCUACUCUCCGAGCUCUGCGCCAGCUUCAGCAUGGACGCCGGCCGGCCCGUCUUCCAGAACGAGUACGCCAUAUCGAGCCUGAGCCGGAUCGGCGGCGGCGGCUCCGAGCCCGACCGGAGCCAGGAGCGGCCGCGCGCCGCGUCGCCCCUCGCGGAGACCCCGCUCGGCGCCCCGGCCCCCGGGUUCAAGCUGAAGAAGGUGGACAAGAGGACCCAGCCUCAGAAGGACGAAUCCGUGGACGGGCAGAUCAUCGACUUCAAGGCGCGGCUGCGGAAGGUCGACGGCACCGCCGAGGAAAGAGGGCGUAGGGACGAGGCCGGAUCGGGAGGGGAGUCAACGGACUCCCAGGCGGAGCAGGCCGACGACAAGCGGCGUAGCACCGGCAGCAUUAGCAGCCUGAAGAAGCUCUGGGAGACGAAGGAGGCCGCGUCGACGCAGCCCGAGGUCGGCCAGCCCCUGAGCCCGAAACCGAGCGGCCGGGGUGGCCCGGCCACCGACGAGGCGGACGAGCACGCUCGCGCCAGGGUGUGGCCGCCCGCGCCGCACGCCCCCGACGCGGACCGGCCGCUCGUCCCGGCCAAGCCCCCCAAGUCCCUGGUCGUCUCCGCUGGGAAUCGCCCCCACUUCGGCUCCUCCAUCUACGCGACUCCCAACUGCGCCGAGUCCUCGUCCUCGCAGGCCGCCGACGAGGAGUCCUCCGGCCGGCACGCCGCGGACGCCAAGGGGGCGAAGCAAGCCGUCCUCGAGAUCUCCGCCGUCAUCGAGGGCAGCCUCUCCAAUCUGAAGGGCAGCCCCGCCGUCGCUGCGGCCAGCUGGCUCCAGCUAUCCGACAAGGUCGGCUUGCUGCACGGUAUGUGCGCCAACCUGACCGACACCGCGAUCGCCCCCCACGCGCGGUUCCAGUUCCGCGACCUCCUGGCGCGGCUCGAGCUGCAGGCGCGGCAGCUGCGCGCCGCCGGCACGCGCAACGUCGCCGAGAACGCCCGACUGCUCGCCGACCUGCAGAACGCGAUCAAGGACGUCGUCAACACGGUGCAGCGGUAAGACCGCCCGCGUUACUUGGACGGCGAGGCUCCGGGCCGUCCCCUCCUACGGUGAGAUCACGUUCCUUCCUUUCUCGGAUAACCUAUCGGCGCCUAGACGCGCGGAUGUCGUCGCGGUUGGCUUCCAUGUUUCGGGAGGGCGCGAGACGUUCCUUCUUCCGCGGCGAGGUAGGGCGGGCGGACGCCGCCCUUUGCUUCCGGAAGGACCGCGGAAACGGCUCUUCGCCCUCUACGAGCGAUUUCGGGCGGCGAGGGUCGGGCGAGAUCCCGCUUCCUCCAAUUUCUCGAAUGUAAACCCCCCCCCGUAUACAUAUAUACAUAUAUAUACAUGUACAUCUAAGUCACCGGAGGAGUUCCCCGGGAACCUCCCGCGGAUUCCUCGGACGUCGGGAGCCGUAGGCUCGCGCGGCGGAGAGGGUUUUCCCAAGGACGGUUACUUUUUACGAUGCUUCUCCGGGCGUCGUCGGGCGAGCGGCUCCUCCCUCCGCUCGGGGACGGCGGACGAGGGUGGCCCCGGAACGGAAGACCGAGACAUUUCGUGUUCGGAUGCGGCGCUCCUCGAGACGAUUCGCCUAGGUGCUCGGCUCCUUUCGGGCAAGUCGCUUUUCACACCCGUCUACGCGUCGUCUCGUUAUACCUGUAAUUUUAUACUCAUCCAUGCAUAGCGCUUAGUAUAUUACGUACGCGUACCCGUAGACCUAGAUUUAAGGGAGGAGCUACGACGGAGGAUUACCGUUUAAGUCAUUUUAGGUGUACCGUGGGACGAUAUAACGAUUUCGUAAUCGAAGCGUCGCCCGGUCGGUGGCCGAGGCGAAUUGACCAAGAUAUUCGGAAACGACGAAACCCCACUCCCGAGGACCUCGGCGUGUCGGUGUCGAUGAGACCUGCCUAGGCGGACUUAAUCGACGUCAGGGAAUUACGAGGACGAUACUCGACGUCUAAUAGGAUAUCCGGUAGAUGUUUCUAAGGGAUUCGAUAUUUUUCUGAGAGCUCCCGAUAUCCGGGGUCGUUUAACGGCUCGGCGCCUUCCGGCGGUCUUGGACGUUCACCGAGGCAUCCUUGGGGACGUCUCUCUGACGAUACCGUCGAUAUAUUUAUACUCUGGGGGUGAUCGGAUAUUUUCUGGUAACGUUUUACAUCGACUGUAUACAGUGCGGACGCUUUGGAUGGAUAUAUCCGAUUGAUCGCGGCGAGUUUUAGAAGUUAUAACCUCAAAUUUCUGUCGGCCGUUGGAAGUAUCGCGGACUUUUUUUUUUCUUUUUUUUUUUGCACCCCGCGAAUACUCCUAGCGCCGAGGAUCGUGUAUUCCAGUUAAUUCCGGAUUGUCCGGCGACGCGGAAGACGACCGUGGCCGUUUUCAAAUAUAUUAUUACCUAACGCGAUUGUACGCUCGGAUGUAAGGUCGGGCCCAGAACUGAUGAUAUAUAUAUUCAGGGGGUGAUCGGUGAAAUUCGACUUAACGCGGCACUGCCUAUCGCGCGUUACCAGUACACCGGAUUCGGUAACGCGUUGAGACUACCGAAAGGGCUAAUUUCCAUCCAGUUCUCUACCGGUUGAAUCGUUAUUAUUUUCUACCUGUGAUAAAGCAUUCUAUCCGCCGGUCAGUUCCCCGCUUUGGUUCCGAAAUUCCGUUACUUCGAAAGGAUCGAUCGCGUCGCGACGUCCAGAGAAGAAUACGAAUGCGAAAGAGAAAUAGCAAAUCAAAUGCGAUAUCCGUGUUUUAUAUAAUAUGUAUUAUAGUAAUUUUACGAUUAUUUAUAUCUGUAUUUAUUUUCGCCAAUACUUGAUGUAAAAUUAUUCCCUCGAACGAUCGACCAACGUACCGAUCCACCGAUAUGAAAUUUUAAUAUUGCUUUAUACAUUGAUAUAUAAGAUUGAGAAUAAAAAUAAUUAUCAAAUUA